AUGCUUUCUUUGUUAGUAAUUUUGUUAACUUAUUAUUUAAACGUUGUAAAUUCCUUAACAACAGCUCAACGUUAUGGCCGUUAUGCACAUGCAUCAGCACUUGUGGGCAGCAAAUUAUAUUUUAUGUGUGGAUUAGCAUUUGGAAAUUUGUCAAGGGAUUUCUUUUAUCUCGAUUUAUCAGAACCAUUUAAGGAUGUUUUACCGUCUUUUUUUGAUAUACCAUCUAAUUUACCUGUAAUCGAUGCAUGGUUAACAGCAAGCACAGGUGGUUCAGAUAACUCGACAAUAAUUAUAUUUGGUGGUUUGUUAUACUACGCAAUAAAUGGAACGGCUGAUAACAGUGAAUUGGUUUUCACAUUUUCUGCUCCUAAUGGUCCAUGGAAAGCCCCAUUUAUUAAUGGUACACCACCAAUUACAACUCCACAAGCAGGAAUUAAAUCUGUCAUAGAUAAGCAUGGAAAAAUGUAUCUAUUUGGUGGAGAUAGUGGUCAGGGAAAAAUAACAAAUAGCAAUCUUUAUAUAUUAGACACAAUUAAUCUAGUGUGGUCAAACGGCGGUAAUGCAAACACAUCGUUCAGAAGAACACACGCUACUGGCGUUCUACUAAAUAGUGGCGAGAUUUUGUAUAUUGGGGGAUAUGCAGAUAAUUUUACAUUGGUCGACAUCAAUGUAGUAAGUAAAAUUCCGAUAAACUAA